AUGAAUCAAACACACCCCUCCACCCAUCGCGCAUUUAUUGCGUUUGGGAGUAACGUGGGGGAUCGUAUUGAAAUGAUCGAGGCUGCCUGUCGGGAGAUGGAGCGAGCCAGCAUUAGGAUCAAGAGGACGAGCUCCCUGUUUGAGACAGCUCCGAUGUAUGUUCUCGACCAGGAUCCAUUCAUCAAUGGAGUGUGCGAGGUAGAAACCAGUCUGAGCCCUAUGGAACUGCUGGAUACCCUACAAGCCAUUGAGAUCGGCCUCGGACGGAGAAAACUGAUUGACAAAGGACCGCGCUCGAUCGACCUAGACAUUCUUCUCUACGAUCAGCAAAUAUUCUCUCACGAGCGUCUGUACAUACCACACCAGUUGAUGCUAGAGCGCGACUUCGUCCUCCGACCCCUAUGCCAACUCAUCCCUCAUGAACGUCCCCCCUUCCUCGGCCACGCCAAAAGUUACCUCGCACACCUCAAGACCCUCCCACCCCCCGAGCCAACACCCUUCUCUACAACCCCAAUAUCAAACCACUUUCCCGCCAUCCACUCGACCAACCCCAACCGCCCAACCCACAUAAUGGCCAUCCUCAACCUCACCCCAGACUCCUUCUCCGACGGCGGCAUCCACUCCCCCCAAGACCUCGCCACCCUAACCACCACCGUCCGCAACUUCAUCCAAGCCGGCGCCACAAUCAUCGACAUCGGCGGUGAAAGCACCCGCCCAGGCUCCUCCCCAGUCGGCGAAGCCGAGGAACUCGCCCGCGUGAUCCCCGCCAUCCGACACAUCCGAACCACGAUCCCCGAAGCAGCCCACGUCGCAAUCAGCAUCGACACCUACCGCGCCCGGGUCGCCGAAGAAGCCUGCGCCGCCGGCGCCGACAUCAUCAACGACGUAUCCUCCGGCCUCCUCGACCCCGAAAUGCUCCCUACCAUGGCCCGCACCGGCAAAUCCGUAAUCCUCAUGCACAUGCGCGGCACCCCCUCCACAAUGACCAAACUAACCGACUACCCGAACGGAGUCAUCCAAGACGUCGGCACCGAACUUCUCCAGCGCGUAGCCGCCGCCGAAGCAGCCGGUAUUCGCCGCUGGCGCAUCAUCCUCGACCCGGGUCUCGGGUUCGCCAAGAACGAGCCCCACGAUCUCACCAUCCUCCGAGACCUACAACAGUUCCGGACGGGGAUCGAGGGCUUAGAAUACUUCCCGUGGUUAAUGGGACCCAGUCGGAAGCGAUUCGUGGGACGGUUGACGGGCGUACAGAAAGCAAGUGAACGCACCUGGGGCACUGCUGCCACAGUAGCGGCUAGUAUUGCCGGCGGGGCGGAUAUCGUGCGUGUUCAUGAUGUGAAGGAGAUGUGGCAGGUUGCGAGGGUGUCGGAUGCGAUUUAUCGGGGAAUCUCAUAG